CUACCGCUGGGCAAUGCCCAGCCACCAGUGGCGUCGACACGCCAACUUCCACUGAAUGAUAACACAUGACAAAACAGUCGAAGGGAUGCUUGGGUGUCUGCCAGAGUGGCCUCACCUGUUCGGCCAGCUGCAGUGACAUGCCCAGCAGGUCUUUCGCACGAGUCAUGCGUGCCUUGUCAAAGUUAUUGAAUGCGCUGAGGAGCGUGCGAAAAGGGACAGUCGGAGAGAAAAUUCGGUUGUUUGAUUUGUUUCUUUGCCUACAUGAUGAUGCUGAGCUCUGCCUGAAGGAAGCAUGAGACGGGAUCGGUGCAGUCGGAUGGCCAAGUGGGGUCACAGGUGGGGUUGUGCCAGAACUGCUCAUAGGCUGACGAGUCCAUUACAAAGACAGAAAAGAAGAGACAAUACGCUUGGUCAUUCUUUUGAUGAGUUACUACUGUUACCCUUCCUCGUCGCCUUGUACGUCUCUGGGCUCCAGCCGGGCGCGCAAGGCCGGCCCAGGGCAGCUGGCGGCUCGCCUCUUGAUGAUCCAUGGCCAUGGCUGGCUGCAUAUCUGAAAGAAAUGCGACCACAUGCAAAAAUGACAGGAACCGAGAAAACAAUCGCAUUGUACCCGACACGAGGACGAGCUGCAUCGGCUGUGUCUCAAGAGCUUCCGCAGACUGCUCUUCAGCCCCUGAAGACAGGCACAUGCAGAGGAAUGAGAAUAACAUGUUGCUUUCCCACCUGUGUUGCUGGCUGACAGUGAGGCAGCCCCGCCGUCUCCCUCGUCCCUCUCUGAGGGCAUCUCACACAGAAGCGCUCCCCCCGCACACACCUCUGAACAAGACAGGAAAACUCCGCCGACACGCCGACUAUACUGAGGGUGGCUACCUACCUGUCCCUGCACCCACGGGAGUGAGGCCGACAGCCGGUCUCUCCAUGCUGACGACAGACGGGUUGAAGGGCAGAGGAGGGCUCCAAGAGGGCUCUGAAAUACAAAGACGAAAUGUGAUGGAUAACAGUUUGCAUUUGGAGGGGCGCUGACCUUCGUCGCCCUCGGUUGGAGGCAGCUCCUGCUUGGCUGGCGAGUCUGUCACAUUCAAGGCAAACACGAGGAUAUGGCGGGUUGUCGAAAGAGGCUCACUGACCUCAGUUACCGUGGAUUUGCGAUUCUUCCUUCGAUACGACAUCACCGGAGGCAUCAGAGCCCUCUUCUUGGCCACGUGACGGCGGAUCUACCACAGACACCACCAAUGGAGAAAGACAGAAUGACAAGGAGGUGAGGUGGGUGUUCGCUGUUCAGUCCUGUUCACCUCCUUGACCGUCCUCUUUGGGCACAUGACGCGCGUCUUGCACAGACGGACUCGCCUCUGCGUCCGAAAAAAAAAGCAAACAGACGAGUUUUCACAUCUUUUGGCGUCGGUUGAUGGGCCAACCUUCUUCGACGUCGUUUGUUGGUUGGCCACGCGAGGACGAGCCGCAUUUCGGCAGACACGUCAUCAGACCUGAAAGUACACACACAAUGGACGCCAUUGAUACAAUCCUUUCCGUUUGUUGCCCUUUCUUUCUCACUCUUCAACUCACUCGGCUUCCUUUUGCCGUCACUAUUGCUCGGCAGGCAGCCAAGCGGGCAGCGUCGAGGCUUUGGCAGCGAAGACGACAU